UACAUCAUCGAGCUCGUUCAAACUUCAAACCCUUUGAAGUGCGCCUUUUCAAAAUUUUGCGGGCGGCGAGGAGAGGGACAGAGAGAGAGAGAGCUUAGAAAAGGGGUUUCUGUUACGGACUUGCUGUGAAGAAGAUGAAGCUAAGGUAGUUAUUAUUAUUACUGUUACACAUCAAAACCUACACAGAUUCUUGAAAGUUUUGCUUCUGUCAUUCCUUUCAUCUUCACGAAGAUCACCACUCGCCGUUGGUUGUGAUUCGAUUCGAUUCAGCUAUUAAGGCGACCUGUACUUGAAUUUCAGCUUUGAAUUAAUUCCGUUGCAUCGCCUCGCCUCGCCUCGCCUCUCCUAACAUCUGGUUCCAUGGUGCCGAAGAACAAAAGGACGUCAAGAAUCCAAGAUAUUGUGGAGUUCUAGGUUUUCUUUCUGAGCUUUGUGAUUUUGAUUGGAGUUGAGCCCUAAAUAAAGAAAUUUAGGGUUUCAUUCUGGCUUAUUGGGUUUCGGAGAUUUCAUCGAUUUAUUGUCUGAGGAGGCCAUGCCGACCUUUACAGCCAUCGCCCUUGAUAGGUUACUGGAACCGGGAGCUCCAGGAGCUCCGAAAUCCAUCGUUAAACCUCUCAAUAUGAAGCUCGAGAGGAGACAUUCAUCGACGGAAACGAAACAAACGCAGUUGCCGCAGAUAUCUCCAGCGCUCUAUGCCACCCCUGUGGUAACCCCUGUCCCGGACUCUUCGUCAGCCUCAUCCUUCCCUCCCUCUCCUUACAUCAUCAAUCACAAACGGCGUGGUCCCCGUCUUCUCAAGAGCGUCUCUCAGAACAGCGUCUCCUUGAACCAACAAGCUCCAGAGGGAGACAUCACCGCUGAUGAGAAUGGAAGAAACACAGACAGUACCACUAUUGGUUCUGCCGAAGAUGCGAUCUCUCCUGUUACUGUUACUGCUACUGCUACUGCUACUGUUACUGUUUACGGUCCUCAUAAGGAGGAGAUGGGUCAGAAUGGUUUCCAUAACGAGGAUAUCAGAAGCAGUAAUUUGGAUGGCAGUUUGGUUAGAACCGAGGAUUCGUCAAAGUCGGUGGCGUUCAACUUGGAGAGAGACUCUGAGUGUGAAGAUUUUUUUGAUCCUCAGGAGUCCAUGAGUAUCGGCAGCAAUAAUGAUGUGGAGUACAACAGUGGGGGCGAGCGCUCAUUCAGGUUGACUACUCCAAGUGGUGAAUUCUAUGAUGCUUGGGAAGAACUCUCUAGUGAGGGGGGCCCGCAGUCAUCUCUUCGUGACAUGGAAGCUGAACUGCGUGAGAUAAGACUGAAUUUGUUAACAGAGAUUGAAAAGCGAAAGCAAGCAGAGGAAGCCCUCCAUAAUAUGCAAAAACUGUGGCAGAGGAUCAGGGAACAAUUAUCCCUUGAAGGGCUGACUAUCCCUUCAGCUUCAACCAUUGCUGGAGACGAUAAAAAUUUAAAUCUUGAUCCUGGGGAAGAGCUGCGCCAGCAGAUAUAUAUUGCACGGAUGGUAUCCAAUUCUGUAGGGAGGGGCACUGCAAGGGCGGAGGCUGAGAUGGAGAUGGAAUCUUGGAUUGAGUCAAAAAACUUUGAAAUUGCUCGAUUGUUGGACCGGCUACAUUAUUAUGAAGCUGUGAAUCAUGAGAUGUCUCAGAGGAAUCAAGAAGCUGUUGAGGUGGGUCGGCGUCAAAGGCAAAGGAGGAAAAGAAUGCAAAGGUGGGUUUGGAGCUCAAUAGGCACUGCUGUUGCACUCGGUGCUGUGGCCUUUGCAUGGUCUUACCUCCCAACAGGAACCGAAUCAUCGUGCUCCAUGCCUUCUCAAGCUUUUGAUGGUGAUGAUGCAACCAAGCCAUGAGCUUCCCAUAAAAUGAAUAGUGAUGAUGAUGAUGAUAAUACCAUGUUCUGAGUGAAACUAAGAUUGUAGGAAGGCCAAAUACAUUGGCCUUUCAUGAGUUACACUGUUUUCACCAUUGCUAGAAAAUGUGAGAUCACAAAAUUUGUGUAAGCAGUUAAAAACUAAUAGUACCUCCUUCCCUUGCAAUCUGCAACAAGGCAGGCAUUUGCACUAAUUGUUGUAGGCUUGUAGCCUUAAUUCAUUUCUUUAUAUGCUUUGUAAAAUCACUUUGAUUCUUGCUGUGCACCGGAUAAAGGAACCCAAGCCACUGUUUGAGUGUAAUUUUGCACAAGAAGUAGAAGUCAUGGUCUGUUCGUUUUAUUCAUGAUAUACUAUACUACAAAUAAAUAUAUGUACUUGUCAAAAAGAACAAAUGGGUAAGUUUUUUCAGUAAUAUAUUAUUUCUAAUGAAAUUUAGCAGUU